AUGUCGGCGCGCAAGUCGGCGCCCGUCUCGGCCGGCGGCAUCAACGCGCGCCGCCUCGAGCAGUGGCGCGUGGCGGCGGAGGCGGCCGAGCGCAAGCAAGACGAGGAGGGAGAGGACUACGAAGACGAAGGAGAAGAAGAAGAAGAAGAGAACGAAGAGGAGGAGAAAGAGCUCAAUAACCAGUGCGGGAACCCGUUCUGCAAGCAAAUAUUGACCAAUCGCUACGCGCGCUUCUGCGAGACCAAGCCCAUGUGCCAGCGCUACCGGGCGCUCAAGCUGCAGUGUCUGGCCAACGCCCAGGCGGAGGAGGACGAGGAGGACACGCGGCCGCUGGCAAUGGUGCUUAAAAAGAAGAAGAAGAGGAAAGAGGACGAGGAGAAGAAGAAAGAAGAAGAACCUUUCGCCAUCCCCAGGAGGAAAAAGGCGGAGAAUGGAGCAGGGAGAAGGCUGAAUUUAAACGCCGCCGCCGCUCCGAUUGAGGAGAGAAGCAGGAGCAACUCGAGUAGUCCUCGGGAGGUGGUGAGAAGGCAAAAGAAGAGAGAAAUGGACAAGAAGGUGGGGGAAGAGAAGGAGAAAGAGGACAAGAGACAGAGAAAAAAGUUGAAAAGAGCGAGAGAGGCGGCUGAGAGCAAUGGCACGACGUCCACUUCGGUGGUGACGAGUAAUCCCCCCAGCGUCCAAAGCUCUUCGGUCUCGUCCGAGGAGGACAUCGGCGUCGCCUGUGAGUGCUACGCCUGCGGCAUCUGCAUCCGAUACAAACUGGAAAAUUCCUCGGGCCAAGCCUGGGAAGACGAAGAUGACAACGGCGCAGGCAAUCAGGAGGAGCACGAUUGUUUCGUCAAGACCCAUGCAAGCCACGCAAGCACCUCCACCAGCUCCGACACAACCACCGCCGCUACCGCCGCUGCCUCCACACGCUCCGCCGUUGCCCCCGCUGGUGCCUCAACCAACGCAGCGUACUCAAAUGGUCACGCCUUCAUCAUCGCCUGUGAGAAAUCUAGCGAUAGCAUCCAGCUCCGUGUCGUCCGCUGCUAA